AUGGGUAUUUUGUCGCCGCCGACCCACUGCGAUGAGGCUCAGUCCGCGCUAGGAAUAGCGCAGAGGAUUUUCGAGCUUUCCAGCCAACAUAUCGAUGAGCAGACUACCUCUGCCAUUCCUGGGUACCAUGCCGGAAUCAACAGUAAUAACAAUGUUGCAGUAACAGUCAAUUCCGAACAUGGUCAGCGCCGUUCCAUCUCCUCAAUUCUGGGAGGGCCAUUCCCUCCCAUGGAUCUCGUUUUCGACUUGUUGGAAGACUACUUUGAUGCCAUUCAUUGGUUUUCAUUGGCUAUAUACGAGCCCAAAUUCCGCAAGUUGCUUAAUUCCAUCGCAGAUGGGUCUGCGAACCCUUCACAAAGGCCCUUUAUUCUGUUGCUGUCUGUGAUGCUGGGAAUGGCUACAUGGUAUCGCUCCCAGAGAAGCGGUACUGAUCUGACCGAAAAUAGUGACCAGUGGCGGGUGUGGAGCACAGAUCUAUUGAAAGUCGUCGAGUCAAACCUGGUUGAGGUCAUGGACCGACCGUCGAUCACCGCCAUUCAGACAUGCGUUUUACUAGGAUCUCAUCAUGUCUAUCACGGCCGCCCAAACCUUGCCUUCUCUCUCUUGGGAGCUACAAUCAAAAUGUCGCAGUCCUUGGGAUUGCAUCGACACUCUUCAAGGGGGACAACAGAAGAUAUUGAAGAGAAAAAACGAAUUUGGUGGACAAUAUACACUUGGGACAGGUUUGCUUCCAUUGCAUAUGGCCGACCACUGGGGAUAAGUGACAAGGACUGCGAUGUCGAGAUGCCUGCAGACCUGCCAGAGAACCCGAAUUUCGUCUCUUCAACCUCAGACCCGAGCAGUUUCAUAACAUAUUCGCCAUAUCAGCGCGAGCUCAAUAGACUCUACUUGAUUGCCUCACCGGCUCUCAAAGAGGUUUUCGGUUCCAGGACGACCGGUACAUCGGAUCAAUUGACUGGCGACGCAUAUUACGAGCUAGCUAGAGAAGCUACACAAAAUCUUCAAGCAUGGUCGCUGUCAUUACCCAGCCAUUUAUCUUUGGAUCUGGAACAGGAUUUCCGCCCCGAUGCGGAUCUCAGAUCCAGAGCGCACGCAUUACAAUCCUUGUCAUUGCAGCUGACUUACGAUAAUGUCCUCAUCGUUUUACACCGGCCUCUAUUGAACCGACAGGUUGAUUAUCUUUCAACUAAGAAUCAAGCAGUCGUGGGUGUUCAGAACAAUAGUCCAAGCGAGCACCCUGGAACCUCUGUUCCAUUUAUCGGGUCGAGCCUGAGCUUCGAACCGAUGAAUCCCAGAGCCCAAGACAGCUCACAACUGUGGAUGAACGCCGCUGUGAGAACAUCACGAGUGACAGAGCUACCCGUGCUCGCUCAACUUGCCACAGACAGCCAUCUCGUCGCUUUUCUGGCCAUCAACCUGUUCAACGCAGCAAUCGUCCUGGCCGUGAUGGCACUUUCGGAGCCACUCUCGGAUAUGGCGCAGGAUAUCAAACGAACAAUCACCCGUAUUUUGCGUCUACAGGAUCUCCUCGGCAAACGCUCUGCGCUAUCGAAGCAAAGCACUACAGUUCUGAAAAACGUCGUCAUUUUGCUUCUGCAUCGCGAGUCGGCUGCUAUAUUUGCUCCUAUAUCUGGCACAAAUCAACGGCCACGCACUGAAACUCAGUCAAACCCAACAUACAAUGAUUUGAUGUCCGUUGAAGACACUCUGCGGCUUCCGCUUAACACAACUCUUGAUUCCCGCCAUCAGCCAACCGGCCACCAAUCGUGGCCACCUCCCAGUAGAGCGGACCGCCUGAAUGAGAGCUUGACCUCGGUCCAACAUGUUUUUGGCACAGGAAAUGACGGUCAAUCCAACCAGCCAGGCACAGAAAUCCCCAUCCCUACCCAACGUCCGUUCCCCGAUGAUGGAAUCCAACCACAGUCCAACUUGCAGCUCCCAGCUGGCUAUGACUGGAACAUGUUUAGCAUCCCUGAAGAUCCAAACCAGGGCAGUUCGUAUGGGAAUAUGGACGAUGGAUUGUGUUGGCUAUGGGAUACUACGUGGAAUGGGUUUGAACGACAAUAG